UAUUGUUCGCAUACGCGAAGAGGAGUUCUGCGCCAUCUAUAUGUGAAGUGGCAAUCAUCGACAACACCAACCAUCGUCAUUCGUCGAUCAUGGUGCUUUGCAGAGACAAACAACUUGAUUCAUCUCACUCUAUCCGGUCAACCAUGUUUUUGAUGGAGCGACCCAUUAUAAAAGCCGAAGAGGAUUCGUGUUCGGUCUCUUUUCCGACGACAACUCGACACCGUCACGAUCGUCAUCAUCAGUGAUCGCUACCACCCACCCGAGGUGAAUUCUAAUAAUUUGAAAUGUAACGAGAAAUUAGUAGUUUAUUGAAUAUAGAAUAGUUAGAAGUAGAAUUGAUUAACCGAAUAAAGUGUAGAUGUUAGUGAAAUGAACUUACCUGUAAUGUGAAGAAUCCCUGAGUGCCUGAAAAGAAGAGAAAGAAGAAAUAAACGUGAUACUUACCUUACUCUAUGAACUGUGUCUCCGUUGUGCGGUGUGGUGAGAAAGAAUCGAGCACAGAAAAACGUUUCAAACUGAGUUAAUCGAACAUUUGGUCCUUCGAGCCGGAUAUCGGCCGUCGAACUCCGUCCGUUCCGGUGCUCCCCGCGGUGAGCCGAACCGCCAUUGCUACUACUACACCGUUCUGUACCGCUCCGCCAUCGUGAGGAUCACGUAGUCACGGGAUUCCGCCAUAGUUAAAAUACGAGUACAAGGCAUUCUACCGCCUUGAAUAAGACCGAGCUCGCCUUUCCGUGAUCCAUUGCACUACUCUAGCUGCCGUUCCAUCUGGAGUACCCGAAGACAUUCCCGCCACAAAUUAGUGAUCUACUUCUACUACUUCAACGUCCAUUCCGUCCGAAGAACGUCUGGAACAACUCCUGUAACCCGCAGUAACUGUCUUCAAGAGUGCCAACAAUUCCAAUUUUACAAGGCAUAAAUUGCCUUUUCAAAGGUAAUUAGAUUUCCAUCUCUCUCUAUUCUUCCUCGUGUGAUCUGCGCGGUCUUACGCUUUACAGACCACUCCAACGAUCAUCAUGUCCACGGAACGUCGCAUCAAGGGGCUCAAAGGCAGACUGAAGAGUCUCCUUGCCUCCUUCAAUAUCAUCAAGGAUUUUGCCGAUAAAUACCAGGAAGAAACGGGUGCAAAUGAAGUUCCAGUGCGCCUGGAGAACCUCAACAAGUUGUGGGCAGACAUCCAAAGGACCCAAACCGAACUUGAAUCCGCCGACGAAGCAUCCAUCGACGAACAGAUAAAGGAUCGAGUUGACUUCGAGACAUCCUACUACCGUGUGAAAGGCAUACUCUUAGCAGCGAAUAACUCCUUCGAUAAUCCGUCCGUCCCCGCAUCACCUACUACAAACCCACAAGGCACUGUCCAGUCGUCACACGUACGUUUACCCGACGUCAAGCUUCCUGUAUUUAGUGGAAACAUCGACAGCUGGUUGAAUUUCCACGAUCUCUUUGUCUCACUAGUGCACUCUGCAGUCGAGUUGUCGAACAUUCAAAAGUUCUAUUACCUCCGCUCUUCCUUGUCCGGAGAAGCACUGAAGCUGGUUCAGUCAAUUACCAUUAGCGCUAACAACUACCUCGUCGCCUGGAAUUUGCUGGUAGAUCACUACCAAAACCCCUCGCGCCUAAAGCAGACCUACCUAGACUCCCUCUUCGAAUUCACCACCCUGAAGCGUGAGUCAGCAGCAGAUCUCCAUUCGCUAGUGGAGAAUUUCGAAGCCAACGUGAAGGUUCUGAAGCAACUCGGUGAGAAGACCCAGUUCUGGGAUGUCAUCCUGAUUCGCAUGCUCAGUGUCCGCCUAGAUCCCACUACUCGCAGGGACUGGGAGGAAUUUUCAUCCAGUCAACAAGCCACGACCUUCAAAGACCUCACUACCUUCAUUCAAAGAAGAGUUUCAGUGCUACAGACUAUCCAGAGAAAUGUUGUCGACACUCCAGCAUUCCCUCAGCAACCCAAGAAAUCUGUCCAGCGUCCGCUUACUUGUAAUACCGCCAACCAGUAUCUACAUCAACGAAAAUGCGUACUCUGUUCCGACCACCAUCCACUGUACAUGUGCGAAACCUUUUCCCAACUCACGCUAGAGGACAAGGAAGCCGAGGUCCGUCGUCAUCAGCUUUGUGGCAAUUGCUUGCGAAAGGGUCAUCUUUCCAAGGAUUGUUCGUCGUCAUCCAACUGCCGCCGUUGUCAAGCUCGGCACCAUACCCAGCUGUGCCCAAGUACUUCCACAUCGUCAGCGUCUCAACACGUUAGUUCUCAACCGGCAAGAUCGAUGAUACUUCCUUCAACGAGCGGUACUACAAUAACCUCUGCAACCGCAACGAUCACAGAGGUAGUCAGCUGUGCUUCAUCUGGUCAAACCCCAAAGAGAGUCCUCCUCGCCACUGCAACUGUCUUCAUCAUCGACGACGAUGGUACGAAACACAUUGCUCGAGCCCUUCUCGACUCGGGAAGUGAAUGCUCAUUCAUAACCGAGCGAUUUGCACAGGAUCUCAAAGCACAACGAAGAAGAAUUUGCCUACCGAUCAGUGGAAUUGGUCAGACUACCACCAAAGCAACAACGAAGUUUCUCGCCUGCAUGCGCUCUCGAGUUGGCGACUUCUCUACCAACGUCGAAUUCGUCGUCCUACCGAAAGUCACCAUCGAUCUUCCUGCCACCUGCAUUGAUAUUUCAUCCUGGAAUAUGCCGCCCGGAAUACACUUAGCCGACCCAUCGUUCUGCAAAACCAGCCAAGUGGACAUCGUCAUCGGAGCUGAAAUCUUUUUCGAACUCUUCCGCGUCCCUGGUCACAUUCCGCUCGGUGACAAUCUACCAGUGCUGGUGAAUUCUGCCCUUGGAUGGGUAGUAUGUGGAAAAGCAGAUGUCAACUCUUCAACGCCUGUCGUAGUUCAUUUUGCAACCACCACAUCGCGCCCACUCCCUGAAGCAAUUCGCGAGGACGCUUUCCAAACUGCCCAGGACGGAAACUCACGAUUUUCGUAUCGCCAAUUUCGCAACGACCUUCAUCCACCCAAAUCAUCUUCGCCUUCGGAAACGCAGCAGUUAGUUUCUACACCAACGAAAGGGGAAAGUUCAUCUCAUGCACUCGGAGUCAACAUUCACCGUAUCAAUCAUCUCGCCCAGCGAACGGAGCUGGCACCUCGUCCCAACAUCAACAACAAGCAACUCAACCACCUACGCCCGUCAACGUCAUCGGUUACAACGAAAAGCUACAUCGCUGCAUCUACAACAACACUCGAGUCGUCUAAUGCUUCGAUGAACCAACCAUCAUCCUCAAGCGCUCUGUUGGCUGAAUCAAAAUGCCGAUGUUGUGCUCUAAUUAGUUUCCGAAAUCCAUUGUCACCUCAACCGAAUCACUUCACUCGCCAAUCCUGAAGUCAGCUCACAGGGGCCAGAUCGAACAAACCAAUCGUCCCAUUGAUGUCUGGUCUAGUAACAUCGACGGGAAAAUCAUCAAUGAGCCACCACCUUUUCGGAAGUCCAAUUGUGCAACAUCAUCGUCGAUCUAAUCCAGCAUUGGUCAUCAACGUCAAAAUUCGCAUCGCUUUCGCUUCGCCACUUGCAUCCAAAUCAGAAUACGCUGCCAUCGACUUUCGAACCAAUCUACUAUCCGAACUCUCAUAUCCAAACAUCGCUCGAAGACACCAACUAUAACAUUCUCCGCUAGAAACCAAUAUUCCUUCUGCUGAUCCAUUCCGGCUGUACCUAAAAUGAAUUUAAAGGCUUUUAUUAUUAGAAGAUCAGGUAAGAACCUGUCCAAUCUCAUAAUUUGCGUCGUAACCCGCUACCGGGUCUUAUCUUGUUCCAUGUUUACUAUCGUCACCGUCGUCAAUCAUCGAGAUCGAUACCGAACCGAGACGAGAGGCAACGAAUGUUGACAACCAUUGAUUCCGAAACGUCACCAUUUCAUCGACAUGACCGAAACCAUCUUGGGCGAAUCAACUGCCAGAAAUGCUAUUUCUGAGGGGCCAGUAUGUUCGCAUACGCGAAGAGGAGUUCUGCGCCAUCUAUAUGUGAAGUGGCAAUCAUCGACAACACCAACCAUCGUCAUUCGUCGAUCAUGGUGCUUUGCAGAGACAAACAACUUGAUUCAUCUCACUCUAUCCGGUCAACCAUGUUUUUGAUGGAGCGACCCAUUAUAAAAGCCGAAGAGGAUUCGUGUUCGGUCUCUUUUCCGACGACAACUCGACACCGUCACGAUCGUCAUCAUCAGUGAUCGCUACCACCCACCCGAGGUGAAUUCUAAUAAUUUGAAAUGUAACGAGAAAUUAGUAGUUUAUUGAAUAUAGAAUAGUUAGAAGUAGAAUUGAUUAACCGAAUAAAGUGUAGAUGUUAGUGAAAUGAACUUACCUGUAAUGUGAAGAAUCCCUGAGUGCCUGAAAAGAAGAGAAAGAAGAAAUAAACGUGAUACUUACCUUACUCUAUGAACUGUGUCUCCGUUGUGCGGUGUGGUGAGAAAGAAUCGAGCACAGAAAAACGUUUCAAACUGAGUUAAUCGAACA